GUUCCAAACUCGGCGCUAUAUCAACGGCGAGAGAGGCAUUUCCUUGUCAAACUCAUAAAUACAAAUUCAUUCUGUUACACUCUUCAUUUUCUUUUUCCCCAAUUAACCACCACCAAAUCUGAACAAAUGGGAGGCGGCGCGAUGAGAGCAGCGGCGAAGGUUGCGGGAAUCACGGUCGGGAGCGGUGGCCUGCGUGGCUUCACCUCGUCGGAGCACCACCCGUUCUUCUCCGCCACCCGAUCGGCAAUUUCUUCCUGUGCUGCGUUGGCGGAAGACGUGAAGCCGGCUGCAUCCCUGUCCCUGGGUGGCGUGCAACCACCGUCUCCGGAGACAGAGGACUGGGUUUUCGCCGGCGGAGAAGAGGAGGCGAUAUUAGGCGAAUCCGCCACCACGCAGAGGGUGGUCGUCGGAGGAGCUCCGACUCAUCAGGAAGCCAAAGCGGCUACCUCCGAACUCGCCUUCGCGCUUCAAAACUUACAAGCAGAGAAGAAAGCCUCUGAGAAUUCCGUUUCACCGGCAGUACCAGCCCAUGCUAUUAAGGCGUUUACGUUUCUACACGAAAGCACCGCAGCCCAGAAUGUAGUCGCUUCGAUCGCAUCCGAUCCAAAUGUCUGGAACGCUGUAUUACACAACCAAGAGCUUCAGAAGUUUGUGCAGUCACAGAAUCAAAGUUUGAGCCGCUCGACCGUGGAUCAAUCAUCUGAAUCUGACUACGCAGAAUCUGAGGCAGAAGAUAGUGCACUCAUGGAUAUUGUCCAAAAGGUCAAGGUUAACGUUGUUGAUAUGAUGAGCAGCUUGUCUGAUUACUUCAAAGAUUUCUUUGGUCCUCAGGGGAAGGCCACCAGCUUCUUAUUUGCACGUGUCAAUGGAAGUACUGCUACUGCCGACGCUGUUAUGGAAGCUUCGUUUAUGGGACUUGCUGUCAUGGCUAUAAUGGUCAUUCUUCUCAACCGAGCUUAAUCUCAUCUUUCAAGUAAAAAAACGGAUUUUUUUUUUUUUUUUUUUCGUUUUUUUUGGGUGGAAGUACUAUUAAGGUAGGAGACAAGAUUUCUUAUUAUGUGUGUCGUUUUGUUGGUGACGAUGAAUAAUAAGUGUAGUUUUUGUAGGUAAAAAAAUAAAGUGCGCUUAUUAUGGCUUUCAAGAAUUGCAUAAUGCACAUCGUUCUAUGUUACAGAUGUACAGUAAUUGGAUAACAUUUAAUUGUCAUUCGAAA